UCCUAAUUCUGUAGUUUGACUUAGUAUCUGGAAUAGCGUAAACAACACCAGGGUCUACGUUCUCUACUGUUCAUUCAUCAGUAUAAAAUUAUUUUGUUUUCCUAAUUCUCGAGUUUGCUUAGCUGGAGUAGAGGCGUAGAGCUAUUUUUUAAUAGUAUUUUAAUGAUAUGUAACAUUCUUCACGCUUCUUCAUAAACUUCUUUGGACUUUUUCAUCAUCAGAUCAUGCAAGUACUUACUUUUCUUUUCUUCAAAAUGAGCAGAUUGAUCAGAUCAAGAAAAAGAAAACAGAAUAAUGAAGACAAAGACUUACUGCUUCCUAUGUAUUGUAGUGUCAUUCCUUCCUCUGCUCAUGAAUGGCUCAUUAGCAGCAACACCUUCAACUAGUAAUUCGUCAACUCCUUGUAACAGAACCUGUGGAGGAAUCUCGAUCCCGUUCCCGUUCGGAAUCGGCGGGAAGGAUUGCUACCUCAACAACUGGUACGAGGUUGUAUGUAACACCACCACUCCCGGGUCUUCUGGAACAACUGUUCCAUUCCUGUCUAGAAUGAACAGGGAAGUGGUGAACAUCUCUCUUUCAGAUGGUUAUGAACCACACGGACUGGUUCACAUCAAAGGUCCUGUGACUUCGUUGGGUUGUUCUAGUCAAGGACCUCAAAAGUCGCUCUCGGGUUUGAAUGUCACAGGCAAGGGCAGCCCAUAUUUCCUCACCGACGAGAACCGCCUUGUGGCUGUUGGUUGUGGUACAAAGGCGUUGAUGACGGAUAUUGAAUCAGAGAUCUUGGGUUGUGAGUCGAGUUGUGAAGACAGCAAGAAUAGUAAAGAAGUUACAAACUCGAUUUGUAACGGUUACAGAUGCUGCCAAGCAAGGAUACCAACUGACCGUCUCCAAGCGAUAGGUGUUAAGAUAGAGAGCAGUAACGGUACAGGAGGAGAAGGAUGCAAAGUUGCUUUUUUUACGAAAACGAGGUAUUUUCCGUCAAAUGUUACGGAGCCAGAAAAAUUCCAUGCCGAUGGCUAUGCGGUGGUAGAGCUAGGGUGGUACUUUGAUACUUCAGAUUCUCGCUUUAGGAACCCCUUGGGUUGCAAAAAUCUGACUCGUUCUAAUGGAUCUUACACCUCGUUGGACAGCUGCCUUUGCGGAUACGGAUACUUUUCAGGGAUCAAUUAUAGGAACUGUCAUUGCAACACUGGCUACACAGGAAACGCAUACAUACGAGGCGGAUGCAUAGACAUUGAUGAAUGCAAAGGACCCAAUAACUGUGGAGAAGACACUUGUGAGAACAUUGUUGGUACGUACGGGUGCAAGCCAAAGACAACCAAGCCAGCCAAACCCGCUGUUUUUCAAGGGGUCCUUAUAGGUUUGUUGGGACUUCUGUUUUUGGUUGUUGGUAUUUUCGGGUUGUUCAAACUCAUUAGAAAGCGAAGGAGGAUCAUCCGUAGCAUGAAUUUCUUCAAACGUAAUGGAGGAUUGUUGUUGAAACAACAGCUGACAACAACGGACGGUAGUGUUGAAAUGUCAAAAAUAUUCAGCUCAAGAGAGUUGGAGAAAGCCACUGAUAACUUCAGCAUUAAUAGGGUGCUUGGCCAAGGCGGUCAAGGCACUGUGUACAAGGGAAUGCUGAUAGAUGGGAGGAUUGUUGCGGUUAAAAGAUCAAAACUAGUGGACGAGGACAAAUUGGAAGAGUUUAUCAAUGAGGUCGUUCUUCUCUCACAAAUGAAUCACCGCAACAUAGUCAAACUUUUGGGAUGUUGCUUGGAGACAGAAGUUCCAAUCUUAGUGUACGAAUAUAUACCCAAUGGAGACUUGUACAAACGGCUUCAUGAUGAAUCUGAUGAUUACACGAUGACUUGGGAAGUGCGGCUUCGCAUAGCCAUAGAGACGGCAGGCGCUCUUACAUACAUGCACUCAGCUACAUCGUUUCCAAUAUUCCACAGAGAUAUCAAGACUACCAAUAUACUAUUGGAUGAGAAAUACAGAGCAAAGGUGUCUGAUUUCGGAACUUCAAGAUCCAUAACUAUUGAUCAAACGCACUUGACAACAUUAGUUGCGGGAACAUUCGGGUACAUGGAUCCAGAGUACUUUAUGUCGAGCCAAUACACUCACAAAAGCGAUGUUUACAGUUUCGGGGUUGUGUUGGUGGAGCUCAUAACGGGAGAAAAACCAAUGUCACGUGUCCGGUCUGAAGAAGGCAGAGGUUUGGCAACUGAUUUCCUCGAAGCAAUGAAAGAGAACAGAGUUGUUGACAUAAUUGAUAUUCGGAUCAAAGACGAAGGCAAGCAGGCGCAAGUAAUGGCGGUAGCAGAACUCGCCCGAAAAUGUCUUAACCGGAAAGGGAAGAAGCGGCCAAACAUGAGAGAGGUUUCAAUGGAGCUAGAAAGGAUUGGUACAUCACCUGAAGGUUUAGAUGUCCACACCGAAAUCGAAGACGAAGAGGAGGAGGAACUCAUGGAAAUCAACCAAAAAGAUGAUUUUUAAACCGCGUGUAUAUUAAGACUCUGCUGGAAACUUGUGUUCAAUGCGUUUGCUUGUAGGAAUUAUAAAGCGUGUUUUUUUUUUUUUUUAACAAACAAGCGUGUUAAUAAUAAGUGUAAGAAGCUGUAAAACCACUAUAUAUGUUCUCUUCAAAAUUUAGGGUUUGCAAAUAAGAAGAUGACAUGGGAGAUUAUAGAU